UUGUGCGACUACACCGUGCUUGAAGCACUGACAGUCAAGCUGGGCGGCCCUUACCCGAAAAGCGUGGAGCACUUCCUCGACGUCGCCUCCAAGCACCGUCGCACCAAAUACGGCAUCGGAUUUGACAGCAAACCCUUCUUGAUUUAAUGGGAGAUAAGAAGACCCUUGACCUGCCAGUCUACACGUUUCUGGCCGCUGCGUGGAAGGAGUUGGCAUCAGGGCAACAAGUGUCUGCUCCUAUUGCGGCCAGCACCUUCAAGAGCGUUAUCACGCCGGAUCUAUACAUCUCGAAAGGGCACUACGCCUAUCAUGACAUCGAUCAUAUACUACCGCGCUGUAGACUCUUGCCGGCGACCUAUCUGCAACCACCUCAACUUGACGGCAAGGAGCAAGAGAUGUACUCCUUUGGCUUGUCGUCGGCGACGAAGCAUGUUGCUGACCUCGACAAACUCCGUGGCCAGGGUGUGGGAGUGGCUACUUUGUCCGUCUCCGUGGGACUCUACGGUCGCUGGCACUUUGUAGACCAGGAUCAAGGCACGGACGCAGAGAGCCACAGGCCAGGCUCGCUGUGUCUGCCGACUAAGGACUACCAUCAGAAAGCCGGCAUCUACGAGGUGUGCAACAACCCACAGUAUCGAAUCGUCGAUGACGAAAAGUUCCAUUGCAAGUUCACUGCGAAUGCUAGCCUUCUAAAACUAAAAAUUUUCGUCUUCGACACCACAGAAACGCUUCGCUACAAGGUCACGCAUAAAAUUUAUCCUCGUGGCUGUUGUAUAACCGGUGACUCAGGCACAGCCAGUAGAGACAUUGGCAAAGUGCUUUGCAGCGCCAAACAGAACGCAACAAACGUGAAAUACGGGAUUACAGCCGCACGAUUAGAAUUUGCCGACUCAUCCGGGCAGUGCAAGAACGGGACGUUUCCACUGCUCCGCGCGCUGAAGCAGAUCGUGAAGUUCUUCAGCGACAGCUACAAAUCAGAGGCGGACUUUGACAAGUGCGUUGCGCUAAAGACGUGACCGCACCUUCGAGUCUCGUAGAUAUGGAUUUAUCAGGCUGUAUCUUAAACAGCGAAAUACUGCUGGAUAAUGAGUUUGCGAGAUGUUUGCAAUAAAUCUGUAAUGCA